AUGAGCCAGAUUCCGUCAGGACUGUCGCGUCUUAAAACCCCAAGUAGAAUUGUUAAACCGGUUCAAGGUGGCGGUGUAGGUGCCGGAUCUCAACCUUCAGCUCCUUCAGUAAAACCACGUGGAUCUGUUUCUAAUUCUUCUCAGGCAGGAUCGUCUACAGUACAACCAAGAACUAGUCCUACGGGGGCUAAACUUGGCCAGACUUCAAGUGGAGUAACUCGACGAGGAAUGCCAACCAGCGACAAUGGCAAAUUGAGCGCAAGCCGUGAGCGCUUGGUGAGUCCACGGGGAUCUCUAACUGGAGCAGAAGUUGCUCAACCGAGACUUCCUUCAAGAGAGAAUUCUCAAACAAGACUGCAGUACAGAAGAGAGAGUUCUAGUUCUAGUUUACGCGGAGCUUCAUCUAGAGCUAAUGGUGCUCCCGCUAUAAGAAGACGUGGCGAAAUUUCUCGAGCGCCUUCGGAAAGUCAAAGUCAAACUGCGCCUGUUGACCCGUCGAAUUCAAAUCUACUCAGCUUGUUCAAACUAGGAGAUCGGGUGUUAGUAGGAAACUCGAAUCCUGGCUCUAUAGCUUUUAUUGGACAGACAAAAUUUGCCAAGGGUGAUUGGGCUGGAGUAGUUCUUGACGAGUGCGUCGGCAAAAAUAAUGGAAGUGUUCAAGGGGUGCGUUAUUUUGAAUGCGAUGCGGGUCAUGGGAUAUUUACAAAGCUUGAGAAACUCACUAAAAUUAACCAAAUCGACGGUAGGAGAACUUCAACGAGUGAUGUUAAAGUUGAGAAAAAGAAAGCUAACUUAGAAAUUGGCGACCGUGUCGUUGUAAGCGGUUCGAAACAUGGUGUAGUUCGGUAUCUUGGAGAAACUGGAUUUGCUAAGGGAGAAUGGGCUGGUAUUGAACUAGACGAGCCACUGGGGAAAAACGAUGGUGCUGUCGCUGGAACAAGGUAAAAUGUGUUCUGUUUAAUGUUUGGAAAUUAAAACUAAACAGGUGUGUCUUUUCUACAGAUGAUUAAAGACGGAGAGUUUUAAACUCGCAGAAUUUUUGUAUAGAUGUUGAUAUUGAAUUCUAUAGCACAAUAAAUGUUUAAUACAAUUGUGGUUAAUUUUAGAUUUAAAUGAUGACUCUUGGAAACAUCUUGGUUUUCGAACGAUGCAUCAUUAGUUCAAUACAUCACGUGUUUGUUACUGAUGCCACGUCGGCUGAAAUUACAGUUACGUUUGGCAUUUCACUUUCGUGAGCAAAAAUUUAUCAUAGUUAUAUGUGGAACGCGGUGACUUUAUCAUUUUGGAAUGGUGGCUUUUAUAUUACCGGUUGAAUACUUAAUUUUUGAAACAUUCCCUCAGGCAUUGGAUUGAGUUUGAAUUUAAAAUUAUAAUUGUUUCUAAGCGCAUCAUUUUUACUAGAAGCUAGUUGUUUAUAAUUGCCCAUUUAUAAACUAAUUCAUGAUUAGUAGAAAGACAUUUAGAAAUUUUAUUUUCGUCUAUAUGUGCGACACAUAAGGUAUUGAGUACGGUAUAGCAUGUUGUCUGAAAAUUUGGCAGAGCACCAGGAGAACAUUUUUCGAAAUCUUUUGGUAAAUUAUAAGCACAUUUGGAUCUCCCAUAAUUAUAUUUAUCACUGACAUGUGGAAAAUGUUGAUGAAGGGAAUUACUAAGGUCAUUUCAGUGUUAUUUUUUGAAAGGCACAGAUACAGCCUUUAAGUGUGCCAGAAUCAGUGGGGAAAAAAAACAAAACAAAAAAACAGUGGUUUUUUUCUUACAAUAUGGUGCUGCAAAUAGUAACAUGCAGCACAGCCAGACUACCUGCAGCAUAGAUUAGAUAUCAUGACACAAAAAAUAAAAUUGGGCUGUGAAUAUUUCAUCAGCCAGUUUUUUAAUAUAGUAGUAAUUUUGGAGGACGUUGUCUUUGUUAAAACAUCUAGAACAUUAAUCUGAUAUUGAACCUGCACUCAGAUGUUUGUCAAACUGUGGCUUUUGUGGUUAUGUAAUAGAAGUAUAAAUUUUGAAAUAAAGGAAGGAGGUCCCUUUCCUCUUUAUCAUUUGAAUAGUUUUAAUCUGGAAUGUUGCUGAUUUCUUGGGUUAGCUAGCAUUUCUUUAUAGUGCAUCAAACGUAAUGCAGUAAAUAAGCUUAGGUGACAUCUUGUCAGUGAAUGAAUACAUAAUUUAAAAGUAAAUGAGUAUAGGAACCCCUUUUGAUAUUGAGAUUUCACUCAAUCAUCUUUUUUUCUUUCCUUAUAUCCAUCCUUCGAUUACUUUCAUGCAAUGUUCUCUUCCAAUUAAAAAAAUCCAAAUACAAAAAGCCAUUUAUUUUUAAUUUAUCAAAUUCAACCCAUCAAUUUUACAGUUUAAGUUUUUAUUUUAUUUUGUUUUGAUCAUUGGUGAUUCUAGAAUAAUUAAAAAAAAAAAAAAGAAAAGAGAAAAAAAAUGUUAUGUCUGAACCUAAGAGUGACUAGAAAUUUAGUAAUUUCUUUCUACAGUAUCACAUCUGAAUCAAACACUGAGAUCAUGAGAGCAUAGAAGCUGAUUGCUUAUUCAAGAAAGCUCUUGAUUGUUAAAUAAAUUCUCCUUAUCAGUACCAAGGAAAUGUAUAAACAAGAGUAUAGAGAAUAUGCAUACUGUGUUAUGGUGUAAAGGGUUAAGUUACAAGGAAGAUACAUAGGUUGCCAAAAGGCUCUGUCUCUGUCAUGGAUAGUAAGCACAUUUUUAUGGAACAAGGGCCUUUUCAAUGACAAGAUUCUGAUCUUUCAACUCUUUUAAAGGAGAGAGUGACAGCUUUUACUAGUUUCACAUCUUCUCACUCUUGGACAAAUAUCGUUCCUGAAUUAUGGAUUUUUCAGAACUUGUCUUGAAUGAUGUAGUGUGCUUUAUUAACUCAGAUAAAAAUGCACGGAGAAUUUAAUGGCUGUUUGUUUACAGCUGAUACUUUUCUGUGUCAGAGAAUUAACCCUUUACAUCCUAACGUCAUCAUGCAUAUUGUCCAUACUGUUCUCUAUACUUUUCCUAGGUUCUAGCAAGGAGAAUUUGUGAAACCAUCUAGAGCUUCAUUAGUUGCUGAGCAUUUCUUACAUUCUCUUGCCUUAAACAUUUGAUUGGAGGGAUAGAUUGUAAAGAGAAAUUAGAACCUUGUCACUCUCAAGGAUUUAAUCUUCAAACUUUUGUUUCCAUUUAAGUCUGACACUGAUGUUCCAUUUUAUGCACAAAGGAUUUGUUGUACUUGUGGCUAACUGCUCUUCUGUUUCCUUCAAGAUAUUUCCAGUGUGAGCCUAACUUUGGACUGUUUGCUCCACUACAUAAAGUUGCUAUUUCAAGUUUACCUCUACCACCAAGACUUCAACCGCAGCCACCUCAAGGAAAUGAUGUACAGAACUCCUUGGGUGCACUUGGAAGUAACAGUUCUAUUAAUUCAGUUUCUUCAACCCUCAGUGAAUCCUCCUCUACCCCUAAGCCAUCUACAUUAAGUACCUCACAGGUAAUAAUUGAGUUUUACUGACACUAAAGGCAAUAAUUCAUUUUGAUGUGAAUUGUUAAGUCGUUACAUAAGAGAAAGGACAAGAAAAGAGAAGGGAAUAAAUGAUGAACAUAAAAAAAACCAUCUGGAAAUAAAAGAUAAUUUGGUUUUAUCAAUUAGAUUGAUAAUGUAGAUUGGCCACCCUUGAGAGUUUCUAAUGCUGUUUCCCUCUGACAAAGGACUAAUGCUUGAAAUGUCGGCUUUAGAACUGACUCUUUACAAGAGCCAAUUUACAUCAUAAGAUCAGUUCAUAAUACCAAAUUAUCUUGUAAUUUCCUGAACAGAUGCACCACCAUAAGAGUUUCUUCAGAAACUUUGCCCUUUUAUUCACCUGGAAACAUAAUCUAAAAGCAAUAUUUACCCAUUCUGGCUACCUUUUUGCAAUCAACAAAUUAUGAUACUGUUUAUAUUUUGUUUGCAACAGAUUAUUUCAAGCCCUGAACCAGAGGUGUCUGAAGUUAAAUCAUCACCACCCCCAUCAGGGCUCACCCAGUCUCCUGCAUCAUCUGGUGUGGUGACAUCGCAAUUGGUGGCUUUGCAGGUUAUUAACUUUCUUAUUUGCUCAAUUUGCUUGUUUGAUAACUGGGAGAUACAGUGGUUUAAUGUUUAGUGCUGUGGACUGGGAACAAAGAGGGCUUGGUUCUUAGAGGACUGCUCUUCACCUUUAAGUAUAAAUAGAUAACAACAAACUGAUGAAAACAUAAACCACAACAAUUUUAAUCUGUUUUUGGCUCUAAAGAGAUUUUCUCAAUCAAGGAUCAAAUUGAGCCUAUCACGGUUGUUAGAGGUAGUCUUAUUAAAAUGAAACAUUCCUUUAUCAAUUGACAAAUGACCAGUAAACCUUGGUAACUGACAGAGACUAGCAGUAUUGGGAAAUAUCACCAUCUGCAGUUGCAGUGACCAGACUAUGAGACCAUCAUUAACAUAAAGUAUUGCUAAGUAUAAAAUUAAUGCACUUCACAUCAGGAAAAAAAAACCCAUUCUGGUUAACAAUGUGUGUACAACAAACUCUUAUAAUUACUUUUCUGAUUUUCUGAAAUGAAAUCAGCACAUAUUUGCUUUGAAUUACCCAAGCAAGCUCCUAAGAACUGUUUUUUACUAAGUCUGUGUAAUAGUUUGUAUGGCCUAACCUAAAAUAUUUCGCACACAAAGAAAAGUGUCACUUUUAAAUGUUAGAAUGCCUGAGUUAACUUUGAUGAACCUAAGACUUCUUAAUUCUUAUACAUGGGAUAAAAACUUAACAGCAUGUUGUUUUUCAGACAUCUACCGUAAUGAGAGAUAUUUCAGGUUAUAUUGUUAAAAAAAAGGAGGUAAGAGAAACUCUAAAAAGGUAAAUAAACUUAAUAGAAAAAUUUUAUCAACUGUUAAUAAUAAAGGUAAUAAUAAACUGUGUGGUAAGAACAUGUUCUUGGUGACCAGUCAAACAGUGGGCUGUUAAAAUCUAAAUUUUAAUGGUUAAAGCUUAACUAAGCUUGUGCAGAAAAAAUUUACUCUCACUGAUGAUCAUGUGAUAGGUGAAAUUUGUGCCAGAAGUCUGUCUUCAACUCCUAUGGGUGACCAAGACAGAAUUUCUCUGUACAAUACCAAUACAAUAUUGAGCAGUUAUUGCAGACAGUAAAGAGAAUUACUAAUGAGAUCAUAGCAAGUGAAAGGGUUAGCAUUCAUAUUUGGUAAAAUACAUAAAUUUACUUACUAGAGGGCCAACACAAACACUCAUGUUGAAAUUAAAAUCUAUUCAUUUAGUAGUUACUGGUCAUUUAUUAAUGGCUGUAAUAUAUAAAUGAUAAAUGCAAGAUGCUGUUCUUUUGAAACAGUAUCACUGAAUUUAGAAAUGUAAAUGAAAUGUAAAUGAAAUGUAACAAACCCUUCAAAUUGUUGAUGUAUCUUGCUGAAAAAAUUAUGGGCAAUUUAUAAUGGCUAAAAUGAAUUUUUUUUAACAAAUGGGUAUUAAUCAAAGGUGGAAAAAAAUCCACUAAAUAUCAAUUUUUUUUUCAUGCUAGUGCUUCCUGGACUAAAUGAUUGUUUAUAAACCUUUUGACCCCUAAAAGUGACCAGCAUUUAAUUUCUCCUCACAAGAUCACCACUGAAUCAAACAUCAAGGUCAUGAGAAUAAAGGAAAUGAUCAUCAACUAAGCUCUUGAUUGUUAAACAAAUUCUCCUUGUCAGUUUAUUAGGAAAUGUAUAGUGAACAGUAUGGAGAAUAUGUAGACUGAUUUAGGGGUGAAAAGAGUUAAGUGACAGUGUGAAACAAAGUGAGUAAAUUUGUGACCUGAAAUUGGAUUUAACUAACUAAUAGGAAGCACUGGAGGAUAGAGAGAAGCAAAUCCAGUCCCUACUGGCAGAUAGAGAGUUUGAACGAGCAGAAGUUGCCAAUGCCACAAGUCAAGUUACUAAGGUAUUAUGCUGUGGUGGAGAUUUCUCAGUUGUAUCUCAGUUAACAGUGUUCUUUCUCUUCUUGUGUGUCCUGUUUGAGAGGUCUCUGGGUUUGUUUUCAGGACUUGACAACUGUGCAAGGCUCUUCUGUUUUAACAUCUCUUUACAAAAAUUUCAAAGCUUUUUAUUGAUUAUGGUAUAAUUUCAGCAACUGUUCUUUGUGAGCAAAACCCUUUACAAUAUUCCUUAAAUUGCUGGUUUUGGUGUGGUGCUAUUGAUGCAAUUCUGUGCAAACUUUGAUGAAUUUUUUAAAAGAUUUUAACCCCUUUUUCCUUGAAAUGAAUUUUCAUUUUAUUAGCAUAAUUUCUUUGUUAACUACACGAUUCAUGUAGACAGACUUGGUUAACUUAAAUUUCAUGAUUCAAGCUCUUGAAUUUGAAAUGGGAGAAAUGUGAUAGUAUUCCUCAAAGACUUCAACCCUAAGCUAAUGCUUUGAUUCAUUGCAGGUUGAGGAAGAAGUUGGCAAGCUAAAGGAAAAACACAAUGAGGUAUUGUACAGUACAUGGUGAAUGAUUGUAUAUAGCAGGGUUGUUGCUUAGAAAUUAGGCUGUUGACAGAAAUUUCAAGUCAAGUGACUUGAAUGGUAUUAUCAAGUUAUUUUGUUUAGUGAUCUUAAAGAACAUUGAAACAUGUUUGACUUGCAUGUAUACAGGCUAUUCUUGAGAAAGAAAAGAGCAUCAGUGAACUUCAGAGCUUACUUGAAACAUCAAAUAAAGAAAAGGAUGACCUCCAGUCACAGCUGGAAGAAGAGAAAAGGUAAAAGUCGAAUUCAGGAGUUCAACUGUGUUUGAUCGAAUUAUGGUCAAGUCGCCGAUGGUUUAACUUGCCAAUGCCAACUCGCUGACAUAUAAAAUCGAGUAGAGAUGUUGGCAAGUUGGUCUUCAAUCCAGUACAACUCAUGAGAAGUUAAACAUAUAGAAAAGUAAAAGAUCUUUAGUAAAAAAACAAUUUUUUUUCUUCCAACAAAGUUUAUAAGGAUCUAAUGGUGAAUAAAGCAAGGUAAACAUUGCCAAUGACUAUGAAAGAUUUAGAAAUGAACAAGUUAUUGUUUGAAAACAACACUGUAAAGACUCAUCUUGUCAAUUGGUCAGAUUUUAAAGAAAACUUGGCUUUCUAGACAAGAUAUUAAGUAAAAAACAAUUCUUUUUAUUUCCAACAAAGUUUAUAAGGAUCUCAAGGCAAAUAAGCAAGGUGAACAUUGCCAAUGACCAAAAAAGCUUUAGAUGUGAAUGAUCUAGUUAUUGUGUGACAACAACUCUUUAAAGACUCAUCAUAAUCUGUCAGAUUGAAUAAAAAUUGGCUUUCUAGACAAGAUCUUUGGUAAAAAACAACUAUUUUUAUUUCCAACAAAGCUUAUAAGGAUCUCAAGGUGAAUAAAGUAAGGUAAACAUCACCAAUGACCGAAAAAGCUUUAGACGUGAACGAGUUAUUGUGUCACAACCAGCGUCAUUCUAGAUUCACACUUAGGUAGCUCACUUUUGAAGGUGUCUACAUUUGGUCCAUCUUAAUACCAGGCUAUGCUGGUGAACAAAAAACAUUUUCUAAACGCUUGGUGUUGGCGAGUUGAACCGUUAGCGACCUGACUGGAUACUGUUUGAUCAAUUAACCCUUUAAUGUCAGAGGUCUGAUUGUUAAUUCUCCCAUCAAAUUGCUACACAUUUCCUUGUAAUUUAGUUAUGAGAAUCAGUGUCCGAUCAAGAUAACAACUUCUACCUGAUAAGUUGAGUAUUCUCAUGACCUGUUUGUUGGACAAUGUAUGGAGAAGUUGCAUGUUAACCACUUCUGGGAGUUAAAAGGUUGACCAGGAAAGCUCAUCACUAAUUACUACCAUUACACGAUCAUUGGCUGAAAUUAAGUUAUUUACUGUUAUUCAUGUUUAUACAGGAAGGUGGAAGAUUUACAAUUUAAAUUAGAGGAAGAGGAGAUUACUCUUGGAGAUGAACUUAAGGUAUAUCACCUUCUUUGUGAUUUAAACAUGGUAUUUGCUGAGAAAUUUUCAGGAUCCUUUUUUUGCCUUCCCCUUGAAGUUUUAGAAAGGUGAUUACCAAUAGUCACAAUCAUAGAACAUCUGAGGUUCUGAUCUACUUGUCAUGUAUGUUAGCAAAGCUGUGCUCUGACAAAGAAUCACCAGGCCUGAAAAAGAGAAAGUCUGAGAGCUGUUGUCUCAGAUAUUUGUAGUGCUUACUAGGUCUUAAAAGCUUCCAUGAAAGUAGUGCCCUCCAAGUUACCUGCCUUAAAACAUUUAUGUCUUUUAGUUUUAUCAGGACUGAUUGUAUCAUGAAUGAUAUCAUCUUAUGCAGAGUUCUGUAAAAUCAUAUAUUGAAUUUUUCUGGUCGUCAGAUUGAGCAGAAAGAAAUUGAAACACUUGAGAUUGAACUAAAAGAAAAGGUUGCCUCACUUUCCAGAAUAAAGGAAGAGCUUGAAACAACACAGGUAUGGUUUAUUCUUUCACAGUUGGGAACUUAUGUUGAAAUAAUGUUGGAGUUAUGUUCAGAGCAAUCUUCUAUUGAGUGUCAUAAAAACCAAACCCAGAGUAAUUGCAUCAGCCUAUCGGAGGAAAGGAAAAUACACAGAGUAGCCAUUGAGAGCUCAAAGUAAAAACAAGUAAAAACUGGGAAAAUGUGGGUAACAAAGUUAUGACUGGUUUUAGUUUUGUAUCUGAUUGAUUGAAAUAGUGGUGCAAGAUUUUUGGACCAAUCACUGAGAGCAGUAAAGCAAGACCAAUGCAAUCCAGAACUGCUUUUGACACCCGAUUGAAAAUGGCUCCAUGUGGAAUAUGGUUAAGUGGCCUAUGAUACACUUGCAUGCAUUUGUUGAUGAUCAGUUUCCACAUUUUUUUUUUCCAGACUGAAAAAAGCACAGCAUUAUCAAAAAUUACAGAAUUAGAGAGUGCUUUGUCUGAAUCAAAUACUUUAGUUUCAAAUUUGCGGACAUCAGUCAGUGAUUCUGAUAGCAAGAUCAGAGAACUGGAGGCAACACUGUUUGCAAAGCAAGAGGAGCAUUCCGGUGAUGCCAGCAUAAGAGAACAGCAGCUCAGAGAGAAUUCUGAAAGGAUCAGUGCUUUGGCAAAGGAUAUAGAGGAACAUGCUAAGAUCAAGACAGGUCUUGAUAGUGAGAUUAAAAUCCUGGUAAGUGUAGCUUUUGUUUCAUCUUAUAAAUUAUCAUAUGCUCAGUAUAGUGUAAUAUGUUUUAAAAACAGUGUGGUUAGAUUUGUGCAUAAAUGUACCUAAAUAAUUCUUUAAACAGAAAUCAUCUUUGUGUCGUUUAGCCUUGUGAGUAAACAGUGUUCUUGAGCACCAAAAGUGGAAGCUGCGAAAAUACUCCUCUGAUUGCUUGUUAAGUAAAUGCUGGCCAAUUUCUUUCUUUGGAUGGACAAGAAGACAGAUAUUGGUUUGUUUUGACAACAUUAUUUUUGUUGCAGAAAUCAGAACUUGUGAGGUCAAAGGAAGAGAAUGAAACUUUGCAAAAAGAGAUCAAUGGUAAGAAGUGCUUCUUUUUUCAUUUUUUUUAUUAAAUAUCAAAAGUGAAGUAUGUUUCCCAACAUAUGUAUGGGAAGUGAUAGGUGCAUUGGAAAAGGGCAGGCCCAUCCAGUGUAGGUAAAUGUGAAAUCUUCAUUUAUUUCCAAGGUCUCAGGUCAGCAUUUUCUCACAUCUUCAAAUCAAAUUGUAGAUCUUACAGGAAAGCUCCACCACAAGGAAGAUGAAUUUUCUUCCCUAUGCAGUGAGCUUCAAGUGAUCAAGGACACAACGCUUGGUAAAUAAUGAUAGAUUUAGAUAUUUUUAUCUAGAGCAGAAAAUAGAAAAAGGUGGAAAAUGUUGUGUUGGUGUACAUAACACCACUGGGUAAAUUUAGGACACUGUGAAUACUCAAGAAAUAUUUGAAGUAAAUUUCAACCAAUGUGAGAGGUGCCAGAGGGAGUUGAGCAUGGUAUUACAGGGAUUUCAAUAGCUUUUUUCAUAAGCAGCUGCCAAUGUUGAGGUGUGGAAUGAACCAUGCAAAUAAUGUUUAUUUGUCUUCUUCUUCAUGGCUGUAAAGAACUUCAAAAACAGCUUCAUUUAAGUGAAGUCAGGUCAGAGAAUCUUGCUGCAGACAAAGCUAAAUUGGUUAGUAUACAUUUGAAUGCAUUCUCUUUUGAUUCUACAUGUAGUAUUGAUGGUAAUACCACUGCGAUGUAAUAUGGCUUGGGUGCUUGAGGGAAAUGUUUUAGAGUGUUAUGUUUGUAUAUAUGUUUGUAUUAGGUUCCUGUCAAAUUUCUUUCUAUUACUUUUAAUUAACUUCUUUUCUAGGCUGUUUUUGUAACUUGCAGCUGUCUGUUUUCUCUCAUAAUGCUUUGGGAUGAGAUUGCCAUAGUUAUCAUGUCACCAAAGAACCCCUGCAAUAUUCUGUUCAUUUGAUAUGGAUUAACCUUUUAACUCCCAAGAUCUGACUGUUGAUUCUCCCCUCCAGCUGCUAAUCAUUUCCUUGUAAAUAAGUUACUAGAACUUGGUGUUAGAUCCAGAUGACAACUUUUACCCGAUACAUUUGAGUAUUCUCAUUACCUCAUUACCAUUGACCUGUUUGCUGUACAAUGCAUGAAUAUUGUAGGGAGAAGUUACUUGUUAAUCACUUCUGGGAGUUAGAGGGUUAAGGUUUCUUCAAAGUAUUAUUUCUGUUAUUAAAGUUUAUACUUUUUUAUCAUGGAAUUAAUCUGUGCCACAUGAAAAGGCACUCAAUACCUUUUUUAGUUCCCCACGUUUUUGUCCUUGUUCUUCCUAUUUUGUGGAGAACCCUUUUAUCACCAUUGGUUCCCUUGUAUUUGGUUCACUCCAAUAUCUGACUGUUGGUUCUUCCUAUAGCUGCUACAUAUUUCCUUGUUAAUCAGUUACAAGAGUCUGGUGUCAGUUAGUUUAAGUAUUCUCAUUACCUGUUUGCUGGAUAGUGUAUGGGUAUUAUUGAGAGAAGCUACAUGUUGAUCAUUUCUGGGCUGAUGAAAAGGGCUCACACACAGGAGUUUUGUAUUAAGAGAGUUCAGCCUGAUUUUAUAUGUAAAAUAUUCAGGUCUUGUAAGUUUUUGAAAACAAAUGGCCAGUCUACUGUUAUGGAAGUUAUCGAGUCAUCAAAAUCUUUCCAUUUUGUCCACAGCCUUUCUUGAUUCAGAAGUGGCCAUAUUAAUUAAGUUUACAAUACCUGAUAUCCCUCAGCUGAUGGCUGGGUUCUUUUGUAUAUUCAACCCUUUGAAUCCAAGAUCUGAUUGUUAAUUCUCCCCUCCAGCUGCUACAAAUCUCCUUUUAAAUUAGUUAUGAGAAUUUGGUUAUGGAUAAAAAUAACAUUUACCAGUUUGUUAGAUACUGUUUGGAUAUUAUAGGAAGAACUUGCAUGUUAAUCACUUCUGGAAGUUAAAAAGGUUAAAAAGUGGUAUUCUUAAAUUCAUUGCAUCAAAUUUUUAAUAAGUCUUUUAAUUUGUCUUUUAAUGAAGUGCCCAGCAUUUUAUAACAAUGUUACACUAUAUUUGUGUUUUCUAAUUCUGCACCUUGUGAAGUUCUAAUGUAGCAACAAUAAGUCACUUUAUGGCUUCGUCAACCUUGUAAUGCAUAAUUUAUGAUCACUUCAUAAUGGCCCUCUUUUCACCCAGAAAAUCUAGGAACUAGGUGUGGUUUGUACUCCUUUGUGUGGUCUCACCACAGUAAGCAAACCACUUUGGUUUAGUAGGAAUUCAAAUUCAGUUCUUUCUUGUGCUUUUAAAGAACUCUGUUCUUUAAAUUAUGUAGAUUUCUGUGUCCCUUCAGAUUCAAAUGCUGAGAGCUACAACCCACUCAGAUGGAGAAAGAAAAUAUUUUGUUUGUCGUGCAAUCUUUGUUGUUUUCUGCUUACAAUUAAACAUUUUUUUCUGUUGAAAUGACACUUCUGAAGGAGUAAUAUGAAAAGCCAGAACUAUUUUCAAACAGUUAAUUAGCAAAAUUAAAUAUCACCUGAGUGUUUCAUUUCAAAUUCUCCUACAGGAGUCCCAAAUUGCUGAAUUGGCAAAGAAUUCCGGUGAUAGUUCACAAAAGCUGGUUUACCUCAAUGAACAACUCAGAGAAAAGGACAGGUAACAUGUCGGCUCGCAAACCAGACUGGAUCUCUUACCUAAGGCCUGUGAAGAAUUUGCUCUUCACAGCUUGCCAAGAGUCUAGUUGCCAUCCCAUUUUGUCCAAAAGUUUAAGAUUACCUGCAGUGCCAAGUUGUUUUGUUUGGUGUAUUUCAGUUUUGUGAUGUCAUUGUGGUAUGCAGUACCUGUCUGCUAUGUUUGUCCUAUUUCCUUUUCAAAAACUUUACACUUUUUCAAUAUGAAGCAAAGUAAAACUUCUCUUUUCAACAGAAAUGCACUGCAUAUACUGAGACGUGUUUAUCCAAGUCAGCUCAAGGCCGGUUUUUGUUAGUUAUAAGUUUGUUCAGAAAGCAUUUGGUGGAAAGAAAUGAUAAAUGCAGACUUUCAGAUGCACUUAAAACAUUCACUGAAUCAGUUUUUCUGUUAAUUUAUCGUCAUUCAUUUAACCCUUUCACUUUUAAGAUUGCAAAACUAAUUCUCAUUACAUCUCUUCCGAUAUUAUUUUUGAAGAUGUGGAGUUUAAUCAAACAGUUUCCACUAUAAUAUCAUUUUUUGUAUUUGGUUUACCUUUCUAAUUGGCAAUAUUUGGAUAACAUAGGAAUAGGAAGAAAUUGCUUCACGGCCACCCCUGUUAAUUCUUUGGAAACUGACCCCUUUUAAGUGUCAAUCUGUCAGGCUCUCUGUAUGUCAGUCCUUCUGUCUUUUUGUGUUUGUCAUUUGGUCAAACAUUCAGUCAAAAUAUGUCAGCCUUUUUAGCACCACAUCAGAAUUUCUAGUGCACUUUCAUUUGCUAUUGCAUACUUGGAUGAAUUCUUUUGGCCUGUCUCUGUACUUGCUUGGCUACAUCAGAAACAUGGAAGUUAUAAAUGUUAUUUUUACCAGUGCUGGGCACAUACUUAAUACUUUUAACAAUUUUUCUGGUUUGUAAUCUCUAGUUUUUCUGAGUGAUGUUCACUGGAAUAUCUGUUGUAAUUUUGUUUCACUUGUCGUCAAUCUUCCUUACCCUUGCAUGUAUCCAUCUUGGAAAUCAGUUCUUAUUUUCUUUUGGAAUGAAUUUUUGAACAAACUGCAUAUGAAAAAUAUACAUAAUUUUUUUGUGGUGAAGUGGUUUAGAUCAGAAUGUUUUCUCUGUAGGACUUUGGAUAAAUUGAAAUCUUCCUCAGCUGAAGCUCAAGUCCAGAUUGGCAGGCUGACAGAAGAUCUUGCACGGGCAAAGGUGGGCCUAGUUAUGCUGUUUGAUACAAUAACUGAGAUACUAUAAGCCCCCUGAAUGGCCAGUUUUGAUGUUUUAUAAAAUAACUAAAAUACUACAACCUCCCUGGUUGGUCAAAAACCUUUCAUUCAUUCCACUGGUAAACCCAUAGUUAUUUUAUAAAAGGAACAGACUGCAUUUUCUAUUGAUUUACCAGCGUAAUGGGCAUUUGGAAUGUUAGGAGAACACUUGAAAAGUUUUGUGUUCCCUCAACAUUCUACAUUGGUCAUUUUGCUAAUAAACCAGUAGAGAGUGCAGCCUACUAUUGAAAUAUGAGUUCUACCUUAAAAGUGCAUAAGUGUCAUUUAUAUUUAACUCACCUUUGAACAGUAAUGGGUUUAAAAGAGUAAAACAGGCCUGGUGUUCUCUAACAGUCAGUGAAUACAUUCAACUGUUUAACUAGGGGGGGAAUACAGGUUCCUUUCAUGCAAUUUAGGAAACUGGGCUGUUUCAUUAGGCAGGGUAAGUAUGGUUCUCAGUUCAAAUUAGAAAAAUUAUCAGCUGGCUUAGCCAGCUCUGACAUCUGCCCAUUUAUAGUUUGUGUAAAAAAAACUUAGAUCAGAUGCUGUGCUAAGAUAAAUGAGUAAAUUGUGAAAAAGUAGAUAAAGUAAGGAACUCAAGGUUAAUUUUUUGUCUUUGAAUUUGAUUUAUCUUCUAUCAGGAGCAACAUGAUAAAAAUGUGCUGGAGAUAAAGAAAUCCCACCAAGAUCAGACCUUAGCUACAGAUAAAAUGGUACAAAACCUGGUAAGUUAUGGUGAAGUUGUGAUAGUUUUAUUUUCUGUAGCAUUUUCAUUGCUGGUCAGGGAAACCAGAUUAUAUCCUCUUCAGAUGAAUUGAAUAUUUAAGUAGUACAUUUGCACAUCAGAAUUCACAAAUUGUUUCUCCUCAUAGAAAUCUGAGCUUGAGCAAAACUUAAAAAAUACUGAAGAUAUGCAAAGUGCACAUCAAGCCAAAUUGCAGGUAGGUAUUUUUUUUUUAAUAGAGCCAUGGAGUUGUUUUAGUGCCUUGUGUUUUCUUAAGCUGCGGUUUUGACAUUAUCUGAGUCUAAGUUCCUUGUUUCAUUGUGUUUCAGGAUCUUAUGCAAGCCAAGGAUACUGAGUAUUCAGCUGUGGAGGAGCAAAUGAAACAAAAAAUUAAAGAGAUAACCUCGCUUACUCAAGAGCUGAACAAGUUGAAAACUUUACAGCAGGAGACUCUAAAGGAGAACACAGAAUUGUCUGGAGUAAAGGUAAACCAAUUUGGAUGUUGCAAAUAUCUGUUCAUACAGCAUCUUGCUCAGCUCAAUCUAGGCAUAUUACAUGCUGAACUGUCAAUUUCCCUAACUUUCUAUUUUAUUUUUGAAAUGAAAGUAAAAUUUGCAUUUUAAAACACCAACUUUUUCUCUCCCAAGAUCUCACUAGUAAUUCUCUGUAACUGUCUGCAGUACAAUUCUAAUGAUCUUAGUUUGGAGAAUUUGGUAUUGAAUUAAUUAAGAAUCCCCUAGUUGAUAUUUUUCUCGUCACCUGUCUGCUUGAUAUUGUAUUGAUAUUGUAAGGAGAAAUUAUGUCUCGGUCACUCAUGGGAGUUGAAGGGUUAAGUUGAACUAUUGUGAGAUGUGUGGGACAAAUAAAAAGCUUGGGUUCCCUGUGAGAGGGUGAGCACUAGCUAACCGAUGUUUUGCUGUGAAUGCUCCAAUAACUGAGGUACAAAGUUUUGGUGAGCUGGACCAUUUACUUCAAUCACAUAUGACAAGAGUCUUGGUUAUGGAAAGAUUAUCAGCAAAGCAAGAUUAGUAAGGUCAUGAUAUUCUUUAUAACUCACUGACUGCUGAUUGUCAAUUGAAUAUACAGGAACAAUACAAUAAGCUUCAGACUGAUUACAAGGCAUCACAAGAUCAACUUGCAGCAUCACAGCUGCAGCUGGAAUCUUUGAAUGCUGAGAAGGGUCUUGUAAUGGGCGCUCAAGAAGAUGCACAGAAAAAGCAACAAGAACUAACUGAAAAGUACUCAGCACUACAACAAGAGCAUCAAAGCUUGGUACAAGCAUUUGACACUGUCUCCAAGGUAUGUGACUGUGACAAUCUUUUGCAACAAGUUAUGUGAAAGUAAAAUGGUGAAGUCUGUUCUUGAGCUAAGUGGUCCAUCCAGACAGAGCCUAUCCUAGUUUCCAUGGCUUGAAGCAACUAGAUGGGAUGUCAUUCCUUUGUAAGGUUAUCCCCCCCUCCCCUAGCAUUUCAUCAGGCUUCCCUGAAAAGUUAUUUCUUUGGUGAUAGUACCCAGAAACUUUUCUGGUGAACAAAAAUUUUGUUGACUAAGAUGAUUGAUUUUUGUGAAGUGUCAUGAAUCAAAUGUUCUUUCCAACAACAGGAAAACUCCUCAAGAAAAGAAGAGGUGGAAGUUCUUAGUAAGGCAAAAGACAUCAGUGAAAAGGAGAAAUGUGACAUGGAAACAAAGCUGGAAGAAUUGAAAACUCAUUGUAACAACCUUCAGAAGGAUGUAAGUCUAUUAAAUGACAUUAAAUCCAGUACAAAGAAAGUACAAAUAAAGAAAGUGUAAACAUGUUUUAUGUUUUGCUGGGCUUGUUCAUGGAAGCAGCGAGGGAAACAUGAAGCAGAUUUAGGGCUUGCAAUAACUUUUUUCUUAGGCUGCUGCCGAUGGUGCAGUAGGCAGCUGUAACAUGGGGGCGGCAUUUAAACACAACAGUCAGUUUCCUGUCUUUAUGUUCAAAGUACUGAUAACAUCCCAAAUCAGCUAAAGUAGUUAAAAAUGCAUGAAGGGUUUUGUUGUUUUUUCAUUAAAAUUGGAAUAGCAAUGGUUGGAGCUUGGCAGCAAAGAAAAAAGAGCUGCUCCUAUUCCUUCUUAUUGAGUAUAUCUGUACGUAUUGUUUUCAUUGAAAACUUUGGAUCAAUAUCAGUAUCUGGGCAACUGUCCACUUACCCCUCCCCUAACCCAACAACAGUCAAUUGAUAACAAGUUAGGGUUAAUGUUGGGUUAGGGGAGGGGUAGGUGGGCAGUUGUCCAGCUAUUGAUAUUGAUCCAAAACUUUAACUCUUUGAUCACCAAGAUUUAAUUCUCCUUCAAGAUUUAAUUCUCCUUCAAGAUUUAAUUCUCCUUCUAACUGUAAGUUAUGACUUCAACCUGAUAAGUUUUGAGGAUUCUCAUUACCUCUAUGGUGCAUAAUGCAUUGAUGUUAUUGGGAGAAGUAACAUGUUAAUCACUUGUGGGAGUUAAAGGGUUAAGUUAGAUCUUGUGCUCUAAGUUAAAAGGCAUUCAUCAUUGUUUACAGGUUGAAGAGGCAAAGUCUUUGGCAAACAGCAAGGAAGAACAGUUGCAUUUGCUCAGUUCAUCGUCUUCAGAUGCAGAAGAAGUGAUAUUGAAAUUGAGGAAUCAAGUGUAAGUACUGAAUAAUGGCCUUUGGCUUGGUAAAUAACAAUUUAACAAGGUUAACUGCCUUGAACUUAGUGAGCUCUUCUGGUCAGUGGUCAUUGUCAGAAGUGCAAGCUCAAGUGGAAGUUUGGAAUGUGACUAUGGUUGGUAUCUUUGAGCUUUCAGCCAGUUUGGUGGUGUGCUCUCCUCACUAGUCUUUAGCGCAUUUUAGGGGUUUUUUCUAAGUGUCCCCCUACUCCUCCCUAUCAAUCUUCCACCCACUGAUUCAGCUUGGGUUGACAUGUGCCUAAUGGCUGGGUCACAGGAUUUUCCUGCCAUGGAGCAGUAUUUUAUUUCUGGGUUGGCUGGUCACCAUGAAGCUUCUGGAUACCCCAGGCACUAUCCAACAAAGUAGGGUAGCAGUUGACUUGUAACAGAUUUAUAAGCUGGCUCUGAAGUCACAAAUAAUAAUAUCGGAUAGUCAGUGCUAAUUUUGCAUUGACUGUACAAAGAAUUAGUUAUUUGUAGGAGACAUUUUUUUUUUUUUUUUAAAUAGUAUCUCUUUAUUGCGCCGUACUCUCCAAAGGGAGAUGUUAGUCUACUUACAAUAAAGUUCAAUAAUACAAUAUGAAUAACAUAAAACGAUAACUUUACCAUAUCCGAAUACAAUACGUUGAUUGAAAAGCUAUUACUGCUAAAUUACAUUUGUGCAUUGAGACUUUGAUACAUUAAAUGAGGAACUGUAGGAGACAUGGUGGCAUAAUAUAAUAUUUUCUGCCAUCUGAAUCGUUUUCAGGGAAGAAGCUCGUACACAGAGAGACCAAGUUACCAAGGAGAUUACUGUCCUGUCACAGGAGAACCAAUCACUUAAAGAAAGUGUUGAUGCCUUCAAGAAGGAUAAAGAAGAAGCAACCGUGGAAAAAGACAAGGUUGGCCACACUUUUGUGUUUUUCUUAUUUUUUUAUUCAAUUUUCGAUAGUUUUAAAUUUGAUUUCUCCUCCUACAGCUUAAGGCAGCAAUGAUGGAUGCAAGUAAUAAGAUUGAUGGCAUGAGUGUUGAAUUAGAAGAAGUCAAAAAACGGUGAGCACUACUUCAUACCCCAUAGUAAAUAGCAACUUGUCUUAAUGUAGAAAAACUGAAGCAAAUCUAGUCCUCAGGUUUUUUUCAGUCCUUUUUUUUUGUGGACCUAGCAGAGGUGAUAAAAUCUUUGCUGAAACAGGUCCUCUGUGAGAUUGACAAGAAUUAAUUAUCUCUGAACAUAAUGCUUUCUGAUAUCAGAAGGGGACAUUCUUGAGUUCACAAAUUACUUUCAUUAGCGGAAUGGUGUGUGUUGGGUUAUUUGGCCAGCUAAAGUGUGGUAAUGCAUUUGGAAGAUUCUUUAGUCGAGGUUAUUGCAUUGUGCUCUUCAAGUAAGAUGUUUAACACUCUCUGUGCCUCUCUCCUCACUCUGCAAACUGUUACGGAAACUUGGCGACAUGCUCAGAGUCGGGGGACAUCUGACGGACUAUCAUUCGAUCGGGGGGUGGGGGCUAGGAAGGAUAGUAACAUUCCUAAACGCUUCACACGACGGAAACCGGAAUGAAUUCUUGCAGUUGUAAGGGUCAGUCUUAUACGCAAUGGACUUUUCUUGCGGUUAUUUAUAUUUGUAAAUGAUGAUGAUUAUUAUUACUAAUUUGUUACAGGGAAACUCAUGCAAAAGUUGCUGCAGAUUCUGAAAGAGAAGAAUUGGAGAUUAAGUUACAAAAUGCGGAAUUACUAGCAAAGAAAAGAGAUGAUGAAGUCAAUAGUUACAGGAAAGAGGUGAGAGUUUCAACGCCUUUCGAUUGAGUGUUCUUUAACCAAAACCAAAAUAAUCACAGGAACCACUGAAUAGACCAUAAAAACAAUUUUCUUUGGUUUACUGGUGCAAUAAAUGAUAGGUUUUUGACCAAACAAGGUACUAGUUGUAUCUUAGUUGUUUUACUAAGUAGUGUAAUUAUUGUUAGUGUUAUAAGCGAUGAUAAGUCACGGAAAUUGAUAGUCAUGUAAAUCGUGUUAGUACUGUACGUUAAGUGAAGCUAAGUUAACAAUGUAAGAAAUGUUACUACUACUCAGGUGAAGAAUCGAAAGUAACUUUUGCAUUUGAAUUAAGCAUUUGUAGCGGUUAAAUUGAAAAAAAUUAUCAUUACCUUCUAGAAUGAAAUGCUAAAGAGUAGACUAGAGAGGAGUAUCAGUAAUCCUGCUCCUACGUCCAUUCAGUCUGUUAACGGUGAGUGAUAAACAUUGAAUGGUAACAUUCAUUUUUAAACUCUCUCACUCUUUAAAGAGGGAAUUUUUCGUGGGUUGAUGCUAUUGGAGAGGCGAAAGUCUCUAGCACAUGAGGGACACAUCAGUUUACGCUUUACAGGAGUAAUGGAUGUUCAGUAGAACCUUAGUGAACAUUUCUCAUUUUCCUUAAUAUUAUCAAGUCAUAAUUUCGUGGGUGGAUUAGUUUUAGAGGGGAAUUAUUUUAGUAGAAAAACGUGCUCCUGACCGUACAACAUUUUUAAUGAGUGAUACCUAUUUUACAUUUGAAAUUUCUUGACUCGACGUUGGUUAAACCAUGAAACCUUUUGGUUUGCAAGUCUUGAAACUUUAAUGCAUUUAGCAAAACAUAUACUUUUUCUCAUUUAGCUUCAGAUAUGGAGGCAGUGAUGAGCAAGCUUAGAGAAACAGAGGACUUGUUAGAAGCAGUGCAAACAGAAAAAGGAAACUCAGAGGCACAGGUAACUAACGUUCAGCACGAGUCUACAAUGAAAUCAAGUGUUCAAUGGAUAUUAGAACAGAAAGAGGUUGGAUCGAGGAACACUCAAUCUCGUUCCAGUCUCCACUCGCUUAAAGUUCACGCUCCAUAUCGAACGAAAACAGACUACUGACAAUCCAUAGCUUAUUUUCAACAGCUUUAUGAAGUUUUACAUGUAGUUAUAUCUAUUACUGCUUUCGAUUAGACGGAUUAUGUAUAAUAGCAGAGAAAAAGAUACCAACAGAAAAAUAACUUAGGUGUCUGUUCCUAUUGCUUAAAACGAUUCAAGAAGUUCACAAUGGUAAUUCUACUGAAUGGAAUGCGAUUUGGUCUGCGAACAUACGCGUGAUUUGAAAAUUGAAAGAGCGCGCGGCGCCAAUUUGAUUUGAAAUCACAAGUAUGAUUUCAGACCAAAGUUGCAUGUCACGAAGUUUAAUUACCACUUUACAUUCAUUUUGAAAUGUUAUUGGUUGUUGUGUUUUAUUAAAGCUUUGUCAUUGGCUGGAAAAGAGAUGCGAUUUAGAGCGAAAAAUGGUGCGAUUCGUGAAUAAAUCACACCAAUGAGAGCCACUCAGAUUGAAGGGACUACCAGUGAUUCUAAAAUGAAUGUAAUAGAGAUUUAUGAGGCCAUUCUUUUUUUUUCUUUUUUUUCUUUUUUUUUUUAACCAAAAUUUGUGGAAAAUCAAUCAAAUCCCUGGUCAAAAACGUUAAAGUGACAUUGAGAGGUUUACGAAUUUUUUUUUAUUAAAACAAACCAUCUAUUUAGAAUGAACAUUGGUGUAAGUAAUGGCUGGUCUUAACUUCUUUACCCAUGUGGUGAUUUUCCACUCCGUCAAAGGUUUUUUAUAAGUUUCGUGUCCAAUGAUGGAAACAGAAAAAAAUGAUAAUCCCUUCUACUAUUUGGGAGUAAUUUCUUGGUGUCUUUCUUACAGGUUGACUUCUUGAAUUCCGUGAUUGUGGAUUUGCAGGUAAGAUUUGCUUCCUAAUGACAGGCUCUGAAAACAAAUUUGAGUCGAUUUUUAUCAAAGGAAAAGGGAGACAUUUACAUAAAGGUGAUGAUAUUUGAGUAAAGUUGUUAAUGGAGUUCUGUCCAUUUUUUUUUAUGCAUUCAGAGGAAAAAUGAAGAAGCGGGAAAGAAAAUUGAGCUGUUUAUGAUGGGAAAUGUUCCAGACACAAAUGGCACCCUUAAUUUGUAAGUUAUAAUGACUGUUUAUUCAACCACUGCAUCUGUCAGAAAAUAACUAUAUAAUCAGAACCAAGUAUGUAUUACUUUUGACUUAAUUUCUGUGCGAUAUCUGUAAAAGAAUUCAACAGGAAGGGGUUCAGAAUAAGAAACUUAUCAGUUGGAGAAUGUAAAACCAUUUUCUCUAGACUAAUUUUCAAGGAAAUGUAUAGAGGCUAGUUGGGAGAAUAACGUAUCAGAUCUCGGGAGCGUAGGGGUAAGAAGUCUUAGAAGAAGCUAUUCACGUCUGGACUUUGAUUUUGUGUAGAUCUGACGAUGAUGAGCCAGUGAGACCGGGAAUAAGACAGCGCUUGUUCUGCGAUAUUUGUGACGUUUUCGAUCAGCAUGAUACGGAUGACUGCCCUCUGCAGUCUUCAGAUGCACCGGACAACCUGGGAACCCAGCACCAUGGAAACAGAAAUGAGGAAAGACCUUACUGUGACAUAUGUGAAGGUAGGAGCAUCUGGUGUUGUCUUGACUGGGCGGCAAUUGCCCAAAGUGCAAGACUGAGUAGAAUUUCAUCGAAACCUGUCAUGAAGUGCGUUAGGCAGCUUACGCUGAUUGGUUAAUUGCGGACGGAUUGUUGAAUGAUUGGUUGGGAUAACCGAGAUACUACGAGCGCCCUGAUUUGUAAAAAACCUCUCGUUUAUUUAACGGCCUCUGGCUCGUGAUUUACAAACGUUUCUGGUGUUCAAUACCCCGCGUGGGUUAUUCCGCCGGUAAACUGAUGGGAAGUGCGGGCUCUUGCUUAAAUGAUUUAGUACUAGUUUGUCGAGUUACCAUGAGAAGACAUGUGUAUUACCUCAUUAUUUUUACGUGACGCAUUUGGAGGUGCAGUUUACAAUACCUGUAAGGUGAAUGAGAACCUACUUCUCCACUCCAAAACGAAAAACCUGCGUGACUCCUUCCAUAAAUUUGACUAGCAGUUGGUAAUUUUUUUGGGUCAAAGUGGCUUCAAGUUAUGAACUAAAUGUGAAAGUUACUUGUAAUUUUAGCUGAAAACUAAUCAAUUCUACUGUGAACAUCCCAUGUAGUUUUUGGACACUGGACUCGAGAUUGCGACGAUGAAGAGGUUAGUUUUACUCGUUUUUUUUUUCUUCUAUUGCCCUUA